CCUCGCCGGGGGGAAACUCCUCCGCCAGCUUCCGCUUGGCCGGAGCUCUGCCUCUGCCUGCCGCUUUGGCUUUAGGGGGCAUCUGCAAGCACACGGACCCGGCGUUGCGCGCUGAUGUUCACUUACAGUAACUAGCAGUGCUGAUGCUACGUGGGCGUCGUCCUUCUGUUUACUAGCAGUGGUGAUCACCGAGUGGAGAGAACCGUCUGUACAGCUGUUCACUCAUGCUCUGCGGCCUCUUUACCGUAGCGUUCCCUGGCUGCUGAAGCCGGCGGUGAACUGCUUUCUAAUCCACAUCGGAUGCUCCAUGUGGAGUCGUGAAGAGGAGGGAUGACCCACUGCAGUGACGAAGAUGAGCCGAGUGCUGAUGGAGCAGAAAGACCCGACGAGGGCCCCAGGAAGAGGAGUAAAGCGGAAAAGCACGUGUCUUUCCCCCCCGAUGAGCAGAUAGUCUCCGGCUUUGCUGAGCACAGGGACACGAGCAGAAAGGUUGACAGCUGCCUCACCUUGACGGAGGUGAUGGUGGCCUACCAGCAGAGCUGCAACAGACACCAGGUCCAACCCAGAGCUCACGUCCUGCAGCAGCUCCAGGGGGUGUGUGUAGGUGGCGGUGUGAAAUGUCUGGAUCUCCAAGGUGAGCGAUUAGACCUGCGCUCCUGUGAAGCUCUGGAAGCCGUCCUCAAAUCGCUGCACUUUGAUUUCAUCAAUCUGCAGGCAGCUCAACUGGAAGAAAAUGGAGCAUCGUCCUUGCUGGAGAUGAUUCUGUACUAUGAAUCUACAACCCAUCUUGACAUUUCUGACAACGGCAGUAUGGGAACAUGGUGUUGGAGGGCCCUCGCUCAUUUGAUAAAGCAGAGUGUGCGUCUGUCCAGACUGGACGUGUGUAACGUGCCCGUGGUGGACUACCCAGCCCGGUCCCUCUCCAAAGCUCUGCUGACCAGCAGGCUCACAGUGCUGCACCUCCACAACGCCCAGCUCAGCGGCAUGCCCCUCUACACACUGGUUGGUGCACUGAAGUCAAACAAGGCCUUGCAAGAACUCCACCUUACCAACAACCUGCUGAACAGCUACCACGAUGCCCUGCAUCUAGGAGACCUGCUGCGCUACAACACCACUUUACACACGUUGGACCUAAGCAGCAAUGUUGUAGCAGAUUCUGGUCUGGAAGAGUUGUGUGAUGGUCUGAGGUUGCAAACGGCAGGUCUCAGGGUCCUACUGCUGAGGAACAACCAGAUCAGUGCAAAUGGAAUGGUCCAUCUGGCCAGCGCCCUGACUAAUGAGUGCGAGGAGCUCUGGACAGGAAGGGGCGUGGCUUAA